AAGGUAACAGUGACGUAGAUAUGAUGCGACCGGGUGGUUGGCUGUCCCCAGCUCCGAGGACGCGGCGUAGCAACGGGCAUGGCGACUGUGGGGUCUUUGUGUCAUCCCGGGCCCAGGUAACGCCGGCACUCAGCGCCCUAACCCGCGUCUUUGCGCCACCAGAGAGCAUGGGAAGGAUCAGCAUCAACAUGGCAAACAAGAAAGCUUAUUAUGUAAGUUCUUCCAAGAGAGUGAUUGACCAGCACCUAACUCAGGCUCAUAUGACUUCCCACUACAAUAGAAUCCUCUCUGCUAAAGCUUCUGUGGAUUGUUCUGUUCCAAAAAGCAUGCAGUUAAGUGUAAAGUAUCAAGAUCAGCUGCAGAGACAAAAUCGAAAAACACAGAACCGAAAAGGAUUCAUCUCUGCUAGAUCAGAAUCUUGGUCCAGCUCGGGCAGUAGCGGAAGAUUAACCUCUACAGAGCACAUUCAGAAUCCAUCCAUACUGGAGCAUGAUGACACCAGAUGCUUAACAAAUGGUUGCAUGACUCCCAACCGAACCAUUGCCUCUGCUCAAGAGUUCUCAAUAUUGCCGUCCACUCCCAGUAUUGAUAAGGAAGCUGCUCAGAAAAUAUUUACAAUGUGCUACUCAGACUUGAGCCCUAGGACCUCAACAUCUUCUCCACAACAUUAUAAAACUUUCUGCAGCUCAUCAGCUAGUCUUGCAAAUAGCCAGCAUUGCUACAGAUCAUUUCAGGAUGCACGCCAAAAAACAUACAGUGGUGAUGUUUUGGAGAAACAUGCUCACCGCUUUACAGAUGGACAACGAUUCAGUCCACGUAUUUUAAAGAAAGAAGCACAGUCUUUUCUGGCCCAUUAUAGGUAUUAUACUCCUGUGAAAAAGAAAAAACUUUCCAAAAAGAAUCUAGUGACACAAGAAACGCAGACUGAUUUCAACAGCUCUCAAGAUGCAUCAUCACUGGAGAACAAGAAAUGUUGUUCGCAUUUGACUUCAUCACAGGCUAAAUAUAAUAAGCAGAUAUGCUCUGAAUAUGAAGAGGACAGGAAUGAUUACCCUCAUAAUUUGGAUUGUGAAAAGCUACAAGAAAGUUUUGAAUGUCCUUAUCACAACUGUGUUCCAAGCUUAUCCUCAACAAAUAGAAUCAAGUCACCAAUUAUGAGAAAAGUUAAGGCUGAGGAAGAGGAAUUAAGGUAUCUUGAGUUCAUCUCUGAUGUUACCAGUGAAAUAUUAACUCGAGGAUUAUUUUCAAACAGGGUUUUAGAGAGUAUAUUUGAACGUCGAAUAGAAGAAAACAAGCAUCGAUUAGAUGAACAAAAAUUACGUUUUAUGCUGGAUGAACUAAAAGAAGAUUUGGACUGUAAAUCAGAAAAAAAUCAAAGGACCAGUGGCAAUGAAACUCUGUUCAAAGAACCCAAAAUUGUAGAAUUAAAUAACUGUAAUUCUUCAGAAAAUCCUAACCUUGCUCAUAAUUGGAAGGAAGAUACUGGCAUAACUGCUAACAUUUCAAUUGACACUGAAUCUGAUAAAACAUUGGAUCAUAGAUUGAAUGGAAUUUUUAGCACUGAUGUCUGUUGCAGCCCGAAUAAUACUGGAAACAAAUGUUGCCAUGACAUUUGUGGAGAACAUAUUGAGCAGGUUCAAGACUUGGAGCAAGAUCGUUGUCUGAUUUCAAAUUGUGUGGAUCAUUCAGGCCACUUCACAGACUAUGCUGCUGAUUUACACCAUGCAGCAGACCUGACAGAAAUUGAUAACCUUGCAGUGUCUCUUCAUUCUGUUAACGUUAAGGAACACUGUGAAUCUGAAGAUGCUCAAGUUCAAUCUGGGUUAAGUAAUAAGCCAGAAACUGCUUUUGAUGAUGGCAUUAAUUUGUUAUGCUUGUAAUUCACUGUAAUUCACAUUUGACAGUCAUGGAUCAUAACAAAAUUCUACAUCUUUGUGAUGCAAGUCUGUGUUCCUAUUAACUUUAAUGAUAUUUAAUAGAAGUUGAGAGGGUAUUUUUCCUGAACUGUACAAUAUUUUCUGCAACAUUUUAUUGAUCUAAUAUAUUUUAUUUUACAGUUAUGAAGGCAGUAUACAUAUUUUUGAGCUUGUGCAGGAGUAAGCAAUCCAGUUUUCUUAAACUUUUGUAGGCAACUUUGUAGGCAUCGCGAAAACUACCUCCCAUAUCUUCUUGACUCUUGCACAGCUCUGUAACUGUGGGAGAAAGAAGGUGAUUUCUUUUUUGAAGAAACUAGUACUAUUUUAUUACAAUAAACUUCUAAGAGGAGUCAUGAAAUCAUUCUGUAUCUCCAACCUGCUUCCUGUAGCCUCUCUGAUAUGAGGCUCUCGAAUUUACAGCCCAAGUGGAAAUUUGCAAUGCCCUACUCUGUAAUGCAGUACAUUGGCAUGCCAAUUAAAUUUAAUUUCAAAUACUUCAUAGUCAAGUAAGUUAAACAAAUACUUAAAUAUAGUAACAAUACAAAAAGAACCAAUUCCUAAAAUAUACAGUAUGUUCAACUGAAGUGUCCUGUGAUCCUGAAUUCAUAGAAUAGAGAUAUUCAUACAACAAUUGGCAUCAUUUAAUCCUUAUGCUCUGUUUUUACUUCACAACUGCUGGUUUAAGACAGCUUGAGAGUGAUUACCAUUGAGAACACCUUUCUUGAUAAUGUGACUUCUUGAUUGGCACCUGCUGGAGUAUUCUGGCCACCAGAACACUUCAGGAAGCAUCUGGUGAUUGAAGCAGAUUUUCAGAAGAAAUUUACCAGGAUGGUUCUAGAGAUGAGGUAUCACAAUUGAAUGGAUAGAAUGGAGAGGUGGAUUUAUUCUCUGUGGAGAAGAGAAGACAAGAUGAUUUUAAAAGUGGAAUUAAAAAUCAUGAAGGAUUUGGAAUUUUCAAUAGUUGAAGGGUAGUAACAAGAUGAUGCAGAUUUGUGACGAUUUGUGAAAUAACCAGAGGCAAUAUGAAUCUUUACUUUUUUACAUUACAAAUGGUUUGGAUUUGGAAUGCACCACUUUAUGAGUGUCAAGGUUUAAAGGUAGCCUUCAAAGAGAAAUCAGAUAAAAUAUUUUAAAAAUAAAAUAAUUGGACUCAUUUGACCAAAUGCCCCCUUCUCUGUUGCAUAAUCCUAUGACUCUAUGAUUCUAUAAGUGCCCUUAUGAAAUAAUAAGACCCAUAGAUUGAAACGUGUUCAUGACGACAAAUAUUAGAAAUUCGUGAUAAUACAGUGGAGGAAUUUCUGCAGAGAGCAUUUAUGUUAGUUGGGCUCAACUGCAUUUGUGAAUUAAAAUAUGGGGCAACAAAAGGUGAUUAAUAGACGCAGAAAAUUUUGCAGGUGUUUCAUGUUUUUGGGUUUAUGUGGCAAUUCAGUUGAAUGUUGUUCCCUUUCAAUAUAGUCUUGUUCUCCAUGUAGAUUAUUCUAAAUUGUGUACAUAUGUUAAUGUGACAUUACAUGAGUAAGAAUUAUAUUUAAUAUAGUAUUCUCAAACUGUUUGUUAUUUUUAAAGGGUAACCAUUGUAACGUGAACAUAUUGAUGAAAGCUAUGGUUAGAAAAAUGAAAAAAAAUCAUGUUGUAAAGAUACUGAAGAGAUGUAAUAUAGUUCUAAAAUUGAAUAGGACAUUUAUUAACUUUAACAUAAAAAUAAAGUCUAUAAAAUAUUUUUUGAUAUACAUAGAUAUGUAAUUCACUGGUUUGGAAAAAUACUCGAGCAGUCCACUCUCAUUCUUACAGAGAUGUGGGCUCUAUGGAGGCAAGUUUCAAAUAAAUUGACAAUGUCAAUUGGAACUGUUGCUGGAAAUAGUAAGAUGUUACACUGGUUCGCUAGGAAUGCUCUCUGAAACUUGUGAUAGAUCAGAGGGAUUUUUGCUCUUCACCUAACUCUGCUACACUGGACUUAGUAAUAGACAGGAUCACCUGAACUCACCUGCUUUGGAUAUGAAAGGCCCAUCUUGCUGGGUCUAUGAAACCUUGAGUCAGUACGUGAGGUCUUGGUAGUGAACUGGCCUCAAACAACACAGCCCUGUCCCUGGAAUGACUCUGAUAGCCUUUGGCAUAAGUAAUUAAAUGUUUUCAAUAAAUAAACUAUAAUUAUUUGAAACAUAUAAAACUAAAAUAAUUUGAAAAUAUUUACUCAUCUACUCGUUGAAAUCAUUGGGGUGUCCCAUUGUGCACCAGGUCGGAUGUGGGAUUGGAUCAGACAGGAGGUUUACCCAGACUCUAUUUUAGGCAGAGCAUGCAUGGAAGUCUCACUGAAGUUCCAAUGGCUGAAAGCCAGCAAUAUGAAUUGGAACUGCCAAUGUCCUAAUGUCUGAUUCCAAAACUGAGAAUAAAGGCAUGUCUUUGUUUCCCACCUAAUAACUGUCACCCUGAUAGAGGUGUUUAAGAAUGAGACAUCUUAGUUAUAUUUAAGUAUUUAUGCCAAGUUAGGAUAAUACACUGGUACCCCACUCAGUGUUACCCUGUUUAGUGCUAUCCCGCAGAGCUCUGAUUCACAAAAAUGUUCUUUAUCUUACAACCUAAACACUCACAGAAAUGUAUCCCUUUGUUCCUUAAUAAAAUCAUCUACUUGAGCUGCAUGCUGUUGUGCUGGGAAUUUGGUGAACCCCUACUAUAUGCUGCUUGCACUGCUGUGCCAGGAACCUGUAUGCUGGGAAUCUGGGUCAAAUCCCUGCCCUCCACUAGUGCUCCCCCAGGAAUGAAAUGUCCCAUGGCUCAGAGGCAGUGGAGAGACAGCCCACGAGGGUUGAUGUUGGGUGGGCUGGGGUGAGCAUUGCAGCUGCACAGCACUGAGAUGUGGGUGCAGGGGUAUACUCUGAAUGGCAUAAUGCAGGCAGUCCAUGGCUGGAGACUGGUGGCACUUGCUCUAUGUGUUGACAGUCUACCUGGAUCCUGUGGUCUUUCUCACCAGUUCCUGUUAAACCUGAUGGAAGGUGCUGCCUCCUCCUCCCCAUUUGGCUGUACAGCUCAGCCAGACCUGGAGAUUACUUUAUGGUAACAAGGUAAAUGAACAACAACCUAUGACAAGCUUAUUAUCUCAAAGAAAUGUCCAGGAUGGGGACAACUGUGCUGCCAGUUAAAGAGGGGGAGACAGCAGUUUCCACAUUCAGUAAGGAGGUGAUGAGAGAGACUGUAGGAUCCCGGCAGUCUAUUAACACAUGGAGCAGGUGCUGCAAGUCCCAGCAAUGGCCUGCACUCACUGUCCUGGCCAGGGUCUAACUCUGAGCCCAACAUGUAAUGCUGAGCAGUCCCACUACUCACCUCGGUACACCCAAUACUCACCUCACAGACAGCUUCUCCACACCAAGCCACGGGGUGGUUCAUUGCUGGAUUUGCGCCAGGAUCCAGUGCAGCAGCAGUAUAGAAACAGGAAGGGCAAGAGUUCUCAGCAGGCUUCCAGCAGAGUAGUACAGUCAGUAACACGUAUAUUGCUAUAAUGAUCCUUUUUAGCCCCGAUUCCAUUAGCAUUCUUGUAUCUGGGAACACAUCCUGCAUAAUAUUAAUCUGAUUUGAAGUGUUAGUUGAAGAGUU